CUUCCGGAUUCGCUCGGUGGGCGGGUCAAUUCUUUUGCGAGAGCGGGAAAUGGCGGCGGAGAUGCAGCCGUUACUUUCGGCGCCCGUCCCUUCCCCUGCGCGUCGCGACCCCCGCGUGCGUUGUCGCUCGCGCCGCUGGACCAGUGAGCUGCUGGGCCACUGCGGGCCGUAUGUGCGCAAGCUCGGGGCCGGGCAACCCCUGGAGGCCGAGGGCUUGGAGCGGGCUCUGGGUGAAGCGCUGUGGAACUUUGAAACAGCUGUGCAAGAGAACAUCACUAUUAAUGGGCAGCCAUGGCAGGAGUCGUCAGAUGAACUUCAAAAUGAUACAGACCUCAAACUCCUUGAAGAUCAACUUGAUGAAUUAAUAGUGGAGGUGGCUUCCAAGCGUAACCAGUGUCCAAGAACAAUACAAGCACAUGUCGUCAAGGCCAUUAAAACACAGCAAAAAAUAUUGGAUUGUUAUCAACCUGUGGUAAAUCCUCAAGAGAUAAAAGCAGAACCUUCUCAAGAGUCUCGUAUGACAGACCUGAGGCUUUCAACAGAAGCUGCAGCCAGACAGAUUGGAGAGUCAUUUAAGUCUCUCUCAUCCCUCACAGAAAAAGGAGAAGGUUUCUCAAAAGCAUUGUCUCUGUACCCAACCUUGGAACUGUGCAAACUCCACCAAGAAAUAUUUUCUGGCUCUGAAGUGAAAGAAGAAAAUAAAUGCAAAAUAACAACGAAUCUUAUGGCACAAGUGGAAGUCACACCACCAGAAACUACCACGAGUAAUUCUGUUCUAUUGAAACUAAAGAAACCCUUGCAUUCCCCACAGAAACACUAUCCACUACGGCGAAGGAAAAUUGAGCUUGAAACAUGAACAAGGUUGUGGGGUUUUUUGGUGCUUUCAGGCCUAAAAUUUCAAUAUAUGUCCUAUAAUACAAUUAGUUUGAGUGAUUCCUCCCCCUGCCCCCAGACACUUGGUUAUGUGUGACUUCUGUUUAUCAUUCCUAGCAAUUUGUCCACAGGACAAAAACAUGGACUUCUUGCAAUAGCAACAUCCUCUGGAAAUAUAAUUUAGCAGAUUUUAUCUGGUAGCUAUAGAAGGGCCUGUUGCCUAGGUCUAAAUAUGUCCAAUACCUAUGCACUUUCUAAAAUAUAUAUUUCCACAAGGCUCUUUGGCUGCUCGAUGAGGACAAGUAACUUGCAUUAAAACUGAGCAUUGCCCUUUGAGUUGGAAACCUGAAGCAGCUGUACUUUCACUAUAUUACAGAAACAUGAUCAACUUAAGACGUCUUGAAUGAGAAAAAAACCCUGUGAUUGAGAUACUCCAGAGAGAAAGAGAAAGCCACAGUGCACUGAGCUGUGCAUUAACAUGGCAGAAAUUCUUGCUCAACUUCUGUGGAAGCAGAAGAUUCCAUGCCAUGGAGAGCUUCAGAAACAGCUUCCCAUGCAGCGUUGGUAGCUGUGGUUUCAAAGAAGAAAGUUGAAAGGUUCUGCUGGAGAUACACAUGCUGUCACAUGCACAAAUGAGGGCUUUCUGGAAUCUAGCAAUAGUUUGCAUUUGUGGUGUGUCAAAAUAAUUUCAAAGUUUAUUUGUACAGUAUUUGUACAGGUUCUUGCUUGAACAUUCAAUGUAGUUGAGGCCUAACUCAGACGUUUGGCAGCAGACUUGAGUCUCCACCACUGUUCCGACUAAGAGGGAUUCCCAGAUGUUGUUGAUUAUAACUCCCAGAAUCCCCAGCUGCAGUGGAUUUUGCUUGGGGAUUGUGGGAGUUGUAGUCAACAACAUCUGGGAAUCCCUCUUAGAGGGAACACUGGUUUCCACCAAACCUUAGAGUGUUGAGAGAGAGAUGGGAUUUGUAGGGGGAAGGGAGGGUUUAACUCUUCUCAUACCUGCUGCUUCUCUCUUGUAUUCACUUCACUCAACCUCCCAUUCCCACCCCACCCCGACCAUGGCAUUUAUGUAUCCAGGACCCCAGCUUCGGAAAGUGUGCAAGGGAGAAGUGGAAGGUGGGGAAGUGUUAAGCAUCCACCCCACCCCACCCCCAGUUCUCUUUCCCUUGAAAUUUCCUACGUAAUGGGGACCCAGAUUCUGCCACUAAGUAGUUUGGCCCAGGCAAGUAUUUGGGAUUCUUCAUCAUCUCCAUGGAUCGGGGAGAGAAUUAAAACAGUGAUACAAGAUUUGUCUUGCAGGCUAUCAAUAUUUUUAUCAUCUUUUUGACACUUCAGUCUACACUUGAGGAAUUCCAGUUUAGGAUUAUUAGUCUAUGUAUUGGUUAUAAUUGUUCUGAUCACACCAUAUACCUAGGUAAAUGAAUGUCAAACUGUGUUGAACUUAUAGGUGGAUAGCCUGCUAAGUAAAGUUCAGGGAUUGCCCCUUAAAAAACAUUGAUGGUGUAUUGCUUAAUGGAAUGUACUUUGGGUCAUAUUCACCUGCAGUGCUGAAGGGCUGAAACUAAGUUGAUCAGGCUGACUCUGGCAGUAGGUGCUCAAGAAGCUCUGUAAAGAGGCCAUUCUGGAUUUGGGGAAACAGUCUUAUGUUGCUGUCGGACUGGCACUGCCUGCUUGCUUUGCCAUACAAUGUCUGCUCAACCUAUAUUCUAGUUCAUAUCUAUGUUUAUUAUAGAGGCACUUCGAGUUUUCAGUGCUUUCUCCAAAAAAAAAAAAACAACCCUAAGAAGCCAGCAUCCCCACUGUGCAAAGACCUUCCCUGAACAUCCUACCACUUUGGGAGCUAUAUAUCUUAAUUACCAUCACUAAGUUGGUGAGACUUGUUAAAUUUCUAAAGUCAACGCUAUUAAGUAUUUUCUUUUUUUUACUAACCGGAAUUGCUGUGUAUAAAUUUGUCUGAAAUGCAAUGAAAAAACUUCUCAAAAUAGCCAUAAUUACUAUUUCUUUAAAACAAAAAAAUACACACCAAUUGAUUUAAAUAGCCUUACUAAGGAGAAGCCAAUAAUCCAGAAGGCUAAACAAAUUUAAUUCUGCUCUUGAACUUCUAUUUAAAUAUGUAUUGAUGGUGUAAGCUUAUGUACAUAUUCAGAAUGCUUUUUAAUUCUCUUUGUAAAAUGUAUUUUUGUAUAUAAAACAUGCUCUUUUAUACACUAAUUAAGGAAAUUUCUCUAGA